GUGCUACCCCGGAUACUUCAUGUACAACUCAGUUCAUUUUCCAUAUGCCUACAUCACUUGCUAUGGUCAGCUGGGAUCCUGGAGUCCUAAACUCUCUAACUGCAUUGCUCUUAACGUGUGUAAGGCGCCUGUGACACCCACGGGAAUCAAUGUCAUUACCGGGGUCAACUCGCUCAAGUUGAACGGUACCCUCAGUUUCAUCUGCCCCUUGAACAUGGCCACCACAUCCCUUAACACUACACAGAACCUCACCUGCUCUACGGUAACCGACCACACUGAAGUCCACUACUCCUUCGUCCCCCAAGUUGAGCCUUGCCAAGUGUGUCUGGGAGCACCGAGUGUGGGCAACGCCACGACCACCUGGAUCAACACCACCAUAUACCAAAUCGGUGACAUAGUGACAGCAACCUGCCUCAAGGGAUACCAACUUGACUUCGGGGUAACUGACCAGACUGUCGUAACUGACCAGACUGUCAACUGCACGGCGACCGGCUGGGAAAACGUUACGUCCUGUUACUUAGCAUGUGUUGACCAGCCUCCAUCCCUGGGUGCCAACACUACGUGGAACAUCACACACAACAACAUCACCACAGUCCUCAACCACCAGUGUCCCAACGGUACUUUAAUGUUGCUAAAUAGCACACAGCAACUGGUGAAUAAGACAACGGUAACAUGUGGCGCUGACGGCCUGUGGACCCCAGCUUACCUACCUCCAUGUUUGUUCUACUGUACAGAAGAACCCUUCGUAGCUAACGCUACUACCACGUGGCUCAACACCGAUAUUUACAUGGUGGGGGAUAUAGUGAACGCAACCUGUAUCACCAGUAACCUGGUGGACACAGUCAACAUCACACAGUCAAUCAACUGCACCACAACUGGUUGGAGUUCGUCUAAACCAUGCCAAAAAGCAUGCAUCGAUGAUCCUCCAGUGGCAGCGAGUAACAUGACUAGAGAUGUUCUGACUAGCAGAUUUGUUGGUUCCGUCCUUCAGUACGUGUGUUAUCCUGAUCAGCUUAUGAUCAUUAACAGAAUCCCCACAAACUCGUCUCCAGCCUUGCUGCCCAAGAUGGCUAGUGUAUUGACAGGACCCAGCCCGCCCUACACAGUCAAUUCCACCCUCACCUACUCCUGCGCCAACUCCUUCGUUUCCCUCACCGGUGCCACCAACACCUCUGUUACCUUCAACGGCGUUAACUGGGCUAUGAGCGAUCCCAGCUUCGUAUGUAUAUCACGUAGGUAUCCAUGAUAUUCCGGUGCGUAAAUAACUUUGCAAUAUAGCUACAGAUGCUUAGGAAGGGACGAGAGCUGUGACCAUGAGUAGGUGGGUAGCUUUUAUGUCUUGAGAUUACCGAACGGAGGAUCGAGCUUCCACCAUUGUUUACGUUGAAUAUCCCACGUGGAUUUAGUGCCAUUUAAUUUUUACAACAAUGAGGGAAACUAAACCAGAGGUCGGGGAACCCGGGUAAAUUAUCCCAACUGGGGUAAAAAUUAAAAUCUCGGGGGUAAUGAAGGGUGAAUAAACAUAUAAAUA